AUGAAGAGCGCCCCUGGAGUGAACACCCCCCUGAGGGAUGCCUCUAAUGUGAAUACCCCCCUGAGGGACCACCCUGAAGACACGCAAAACCAAGACAAUGACACUCCCCCUUUUGGUAAAAAAAUAGAACGCAUUGAAAAACUCAAAAUAAAUAGCAUCUCAACAGGAGUAGAUUCUCACAGAAGUUCAGAAAAAUCGGCUUCGAAUCGGAUCAACUUGGGAGGAGCUACUCCCUAUGCCCCCGGUAGUUUUUCCAAACAAAUUAGCGAAAGGGAUGAUGGGGUGGAGACACUAAGCAGAACGGAGGGGGGAGCACAGGGAGAUAAUUCCACAGAAACGAACGAACAAGGUAAUUACAAAAUAAAGGUGCUUAGUUUGGGGGAGUGCCCCAUUGAGGGGGGUCAUCUGGAAGGUCACCCCACCAGUGGUAGCCACCCAAGUGGUGAGACACCCAUAUUGGGGAAGAACCCCACAGAUGAUUUCCCCCACAUGAGUGAUGCUGCCUAUAAGUCAAAGGAGGACGAUCUGCUCUUUAGCAACCUCCACAAAUUGGCUACUUCCCAGAUGGGGGAAAAUUGUGGUCGCAUAUUCCCAUUUGAAUACAACUUGGAGCAGCUUGGAAUGCGCAUUAAUGGGGCAAUUGAGGCGAACCUUUGGGGGCACUAUGGAGGGGACACGCUCGUGGAAGAAGAAGAAGAGGAGGAGGAAGAACCCAUUCGGGGGGAACACAAAAGGGGCGACAUUUCAGAGUUGACGAAACAGCACUGUUUUGCUGAAAAUGUCGGGGACACUUCGCACCAGGACAGCUUCCCCAAAUGGGGUGAUAAACAGGCGGUAGAAGACACCAAACGGGGGAGCGAAGCACGCGGAACAAAUGAGGCUGGAAGCAGCGGGGGGGGUAACCCAGACUGGGGGAUGACACUUGCACAAAAUGGACCAGCAGAGAUGUCCCUCCUUCCGUAUGGCACAACUGCGGAUUUGCUCACCCCGUUUUUCCCUCCACCAGGGAGGUCCCAUCUGCUAAGGAGCGAAGUAGCCACCGCUGUGCGAACCCAUGUGGGCAAGUUCGAGGCCCCCCUCAGGGAAGAAAUCCCCCAGCAGGCGCAAGACCAAAACUACUUUUACGAUUUGAGGACCAACCGGGUGUGGGUCCCAGGGGAGGGACCACCCCCACGUGGGGGAGCUACCCACGGGAUGACUACAUAUGGGGAAGCUACUCACAGAAGGACUACACAUGGGGAAGCGGCACCUGUGGAAGCUGCCACUGGGACGAUUAUCGACCAGGGGCUCCCCCCAUUUGGCAUCUUCCCAAAUGAGAGCGAAGUAGGGGAAGGUUUUCACGGCGAAGGAAGAACCCCCAAGUUGGAAAGUCCAAACGUAAAAAUGAUGGAAUACGCGCUGCUCACGAGGGGUACACAGGAAUUCCCCCCUUCGAAUGGCCGCGCGCUCCCCCCAUUUUAUGCCCACCAUGGAACCGCACCUGUUCAGGAAAAGGAAGAGCCCCAAAGAGGAGCCUUUACAGACGAGAAGGAAACCUACAUGCAGCAUCUGUUGGAGGGAAAUUCUAUUUUUGACCCACUGUGGGGACAUCACAAAGAGGAGGAAAUGGCAACAAGUGGAACUCUCAACGGAGGGAACCAAUCGGUGUUACCAACUUGCUUUCAGUUCGACGGGCACUUAAGAGAGAGCUACGAAGAGGACGAUAGCGCUUUGCAAAGAGGCGACAAUUGGGGAAGGCGCAAAAUGGAGAGUAACACAAAUUUGAUGCGUCUGACUCAGCUGGAGGAAGCGCUUCUCUCGGAGAGAAAUCUUUAUGAAGCGUCUCUUUGCCAAACGGAGGGGGUGGACUUGACCAAUUUGUGUAACCUUGUGGGGGGGGAGCGGCAAGACGGUGAAGUUGCCCAUUCGUAUCAUUUCGCCCCCCCGGUGUUUAACCCUUAUGAUGAUUCAAAAAAAUUGAGCGUGGCCAGUGGGCCCAACACAUACGACUACUGCUGUGCCGACUUUCUUCUCAACUACGCAGUGGAAGAGGGGAGAAAGAAAAGAAGCAAAAAAAAAACGCUGCACGAUGAUGGGUUCACAAGUUCUUCAGAUCAGGUGUUACCACAGGAGUGCGACAGAAAUGUUGGGAGUAUGGAUGAGCGUGCCGAGGAGGGGAAUCAAAAAGGUAGUCAUAGUCACCAUGGAGAGAAUUUCCCGCUGAGUAAGAGGUUCUCUAAAUCUUCCGCUAAGUACACGCUAAUCGUCAAUGUCCCGUCGAACACCACACGGAAGGACCUACUAGCCGUCUUUAGCAAGUUCGGAAAUGUAGACUUAACAAUGGUCGUUUGCGAUAAGAAGUCAAGACAUCCUAACAAAGAAUGGACAGCAACAUCGGGGUAUGCCUUCGUCCGUUUUUCUACCAACCUGGAAGCUCAAAGGACUUUGAAUGCUGCAUGUGCAGGGGGAAUUCGCAUUAGAGGAAGUAGAGUUCGCGCAACGUGGGCAAAAAAAGAUUCCUAUUCAAAAAGGGAAAAGGAAGUCACCUUGAAAAUACCCUCAUCGAUACUUCUCAUCAGAAUGGACGAGUUCAUCUGCUCAAUUUGCAAAAUUAAUUUGUCCUAUGAGCCCAUCCUGCUUCCAUGUUGCUAUGCCUCCUGCUGCUCCGACUGCUUAAGGGGAUACCUUGUCGUCCACGCACUUGGGGAGAACAUACGGUGUCCCAGCUGCUCUGUGCACCUCGCCGAUGGGCUAAUCAAAAUUGAUGAACACUCCCCUGGGGUGUUGGGCUUGCUCUACAGAAUUCACUCGAAUGUUAAAAUUAAGUGCCAGCAUGAGAGCUGCACGUGGGUGGGCUCCCAGCACCAGUACGCCAACCAUUUCUUUUCCUGCAAGUUUGCCCUCGCCUAG